CGGCUUAGUCCUCUGGGCUAUAAAUUCCCAAGGCUGCUUUCCUUCAACUAGCUUCAGAGCAGAGAUACCAUGGAUCUCACUGCCUCACCUGCGUUCUUCUUGAUCCUCUGCUGCUGCCUUUGGUCUGUGGAAGCCCGAAACUUUAAUUCCGUCCUUUCUGUGACAAAUGGAGGACCUUGGGGUAGCUGGGGGGUAAUCCAGUUUUGCCCUCAGGGAUAUGCUCAUGGCUUCUCACUGAAGGUAGAGCCAAACCAAGGUGGUGGUGUCAAGGAUGAUGAUACAGCCCUAAAUGGAAUUCGCCUGCACUGCACUGACAGUUCAGUAAUUGAGUCUGCAACUGGACCGUGGGGAUCCUGGACAGGGAUUCACUACUGCCCCCAAAGCAAUCUGAUCUCUUUCUCUCUGAGAGUGGAAGCACCCCGGGGCAAAGGUGACGAUACGGCUGCCAACAACAUCCAGUUCACCUGUCAAGAUGGAACUGGGCUGAUGGGCCAGGGACUUACCUGGGGUAAUUUUGGUGCAUGGAGCAAUCGCUGCUCCUCUGGUUAUAUCUGUGGGAUCCAGACAAAGGUGGAGGGUCUCCAAGGCAAGGACGAUGAUACAACACUUAAUGAUGUGAAGUUCUUCUGCUGUGACUGAACGCUAUGUACCUGCACCCUUUACAGCGUAUAUCUGCUACUUUUUGGUAGUCAUGAAGGUUAACGACAAUUAAAUAUUGUCUUGAGAA